AUGUCUCGUAGAGUUUCCAAAGUGUCCCGUACAGUUUCUAGAGUGUCCCCUGUAGAUUCCAGAGUGGCCCCCACAGUUUCCAGAGUGUCCCCUUUUACUAUGGAGCGCCUUAAAGGCAAUGUGUUUAUCUGCAGACGUAAGUCCCAGAACCUCACCUCUUCGGACAGCAGCGAUGGCGGCAGCUCCGGCAGCAGCCAGUCCCCGACCAGCACCCACCCCGGCUCUCCGCCGCCGACCACGACGUCGUCGUUCAAGCGACCCGGAUACUACGACAACCCGGACGGCUUCCCCACCAAGCGCCAACGCAUCUCCCAUUACCGGAAGCCCUCCGAACAAACCACCUACCGCUCACCGGUAGAGAACAACAGCCAGCGGCGGCUCGUCACCGACUCGUGGGAUUGUAGGAACGGCUCGCCGCAGGCGGGCAAGACGGACAGCGGGUACGAGAACGGGGCCCCGGUGUCGCCGGUGCCAGUGAAGAGCGGGGCCGUGGACAGCAGUUCGGAGUUCCCGGAUUACUUAACGAAGUACAGCAGGAUCAAGGAUGCCGAGCAGAGACGGAGGUUCGAAGCCGAUUUCAAUGCCGACUUCGCCGAAUACAAGGACUUGUACAAAAUUGUGGACAAGGUUUCGAGGAGGUUUGUCAGUUUUGAAUCGAUGCUUAAGCAAGAAGACGCUUCUAGUCCCAGGUUUCAAGCCCUAAAAAUGCAAAUCGUUAGGGAAUACAAUGAAAACAAGAAAGAUCUGGAGCAUCAGAAAUUAAAGCGGAGGUUUCACUAUCUCCACGACAAGCUGUCGCACAUAAAACGGCUGGUAUUGGAGCCUCAAGCCCCGGCACAUUGCUAUGGACUCCUGCCAUCGGACGCUCAAUACUAA